CAAUGUCACCUUGUGAAUUGUGUGAUGAGUUGGGGAGAAGAUUUAAAUUUUUGUGAUUUAGAAGUUUUCUAAUGUUUAUUAAGUUUUGUAAAACCCGUUUCCAUGUAGAAUGUGUUACAUAAAAAAUGCUUGAUUAUAUAAAAACUAAUCAUUUUCAUUUAGUAUGAAAUGUUUAGAUGUAAAGAUUGAAAUUAUUUAUUUACAUUAGGUAAAUAAUAAUAUCCAUAAAUGUCAUGGUUCGCGGACCUAGCUGGCAAGGCUGAGACCCUGCUCAACAAUUUGGACGAACAGACUGGUGCUGUUUUGGGGAAUAAUGGGGGUGGUGUUAAACCGAAACGACAUGAUCCCGUCCCGUUUCCUGAACCCUCUUUGGGGCAAAGAAGACGUCCAACACCGAAAUAUCUUAAGCGAAAUUGUAUGGAAACUAAAUCCAAUCUCAGUCCAACCCGAAAACUUUCACCUACCAAUCACCAACCCCGAUCCUCAAUCAAAGGAAGUCUGGAUAAUGUGAGGAUAAAUCAGGAGAGGCGCAAGAGAUCUCCGACAAAAAAACUACCGCAGUACUCAUUACACAAUUGUCCUAAAACUUUAGUUGAUGAUUUUGAUAAUUUUGAAGUAAAGCAAAGGAGGUUCAGUUUGCCCACAGAUUUAGAAAUUAUAAAUCAUGAAAACCUUACAUAUGAUAUGCAAACAUUAGAAGUUGAAAAUGCUAUGUUAAAAAAUGAACUUAAUGUGAUGAAUAGGGAGGUUUCUGAUUUGAUGGAGAGACUAAGAAAAACUGAAGACGAACUAAUUAAAACACAAACAGCUUUAGAAGCAACUGAAAAGGCAAAUCAUAGGUUAAGCCUUGACAAAGAAGGUUUAUUGGUUCAGUUGGAGGAUGUGAGAACUAAAAUAGAGGAAGUUAGUGUUGUUGAAAUUUCUCAGUAUAGAACACAAAAACAGGAAAUGGAGGCUGAAGUUCAAAAGUUACAGAUGAAAAACAAUGAACUAGAAAAUAUGAUAACUAAUUUAACACAAGAAUUGAACAAUAAUACUUCCAUACAAAGUAGACUCGACAAUGAUUUACGACAUGCUCAAUCACAAAUUUUGGAACUCGAAAGUGAUUUAGAGAAACAAAACCAAGAGUGCCAGAGACUCGAAAAAGAAUGGGAAUCUUACAAAUUGAGAGUUAAGAAUAUGUUGGUUGCUAAGGAUAGUGAAAUUAAGUCACUCAGGGAAGGAAAAAAUAUGACGGAAGAAACCAAACAUCUUAUUGAACAGAUGGAAACCUUGAAAGAAGAACGUGACGACCUCUCUCAAGGGAUAUCCCGGGUACGAACUGAGUGCAGUGAUAUGAAACAACAGAUGGCGCUACUGGAGUCGCGGCAUACAAACGCAGAGAGGGUCGUUGUGGCCUUACGUGAGGCAUUAAAGGAGGAACGAGCUGCUAGAAACAAGGCUGAGGCGCAGGCUAAUGCUUUAGGAAAGGAGCUGCAAGCUGUACAGCAACAGAGCAAUCAAACGAUAGCUAAUCUACGAAACGCGUUGCACAAAAAAGACGAGGAGAUAAAUAAUCUAAAAGAGAUCAGUUCUCAAACGUCAGACACGAGCGCGUUGAAUGUCGGCGACUAUGACGUCAUGCAUUCCAUAGACAAGGAAAAAAUUCAAUAUUUGACGCAGACAUUAAUACAAAAACAAGGAAAAAUAGACUCGUUGCUCGCCGAUAAUAAUAUACUGAAGAUACAGUUGAAUAAAUUGGAUAGUAAAUAUAAGAAUGAUAUAGCAUCACUGCGAGCGAACUCGCACAGUGUGAUUCAUUUGAACGAUGAAACGCGACGGUCACGAAACUACACGCCGUCGUCGUUGUCAAAACUGUCACUGCGAAUCGGGGUUAUGAUUAAGAGAUAUCCGAUUUUUAGAUUAUUCAUCUUCUUCUAUAUGAUUGGUCUCCAUUUCUGGGUUCUUACCGUUCUACUCACGAGUACUCCUGAGAAUUAUAUCGUUAGACCAACUAAAUCAUGAUAAUUCGUAAAAUAUAUUGAUGUUAUGUAGAGUUAUUGUUAAUAGUGGUGACGUUUUUGUGAUAACAA